AGACGGCGAGUUUUCUACAGAACGCCGUCAAGGUCGUCAAUCUGCUCAUACAGCAGCGUCUGUUCGCUAGCGGAAAGGACGAAUUCGCUCUUAUUCUCUUUGGAACGGACGCAACUGAUAACUCGUUGUAUGAGGAUGGCUGUGACAGCUAUAGACAUGUCACUAUUGCUAAGGAAAUGGGUAUAGCUGAUCUCGAUUUUGUGAGAUAUCUCAAUAGUCAGAUAAUUCCAGGAAAUACUGAAGCAGAUUUUGUUGAUGCUCUUGUUGUUGCCAUGGAUCAUCUUCAUACCUCAACACAGGGAAAGAAACUGAAACCAAAGCUGCUAAUGUUUACUGACUGUGGCUCUCCAGCAAACUGCAAUCCAACACAACUGAAACGAAUUGUCAGUGGACUGCAGCAGUUAGAUGCCGAUUUCAAAGUGAUAGGACCUUCUAUUUCUCUUGAUGAUGAUGAUGAUGAUGCCAGUGAUACUGAGAAUGGAUAUGGAGGUGGAACUGCAGCCAGCUCUGCAUGUGUAGACAAGCAAAAGACACGAACACAGAUUGAAGGUGAAAGCUUACUGAAGAAGAUCAUUCAAUCAGUUAAAGGAGAUGCUCUCUCCUUUCAUGAUGCUCUUGGUGCACUUUCUCAUUUAUCUCGACGUCAAGUACGACAGACAUCCACAUUUCGUGGUCCAUUAGAGAUCGGCUCUUCUCUCAAAAUCAAUGUUUGGGCUUACAUUAGAGUGAAGUCAGAGAAGCCGAUUUCAUUUAAGAAACUGUCAGCUGUCUCUCAGGCAUCAGCCAAUCCUGCUACAAUGGCUGUCAAAAUGGAUCGCACACAUCACCUGAAUGAUGAAGAUGAAAGUGAAGUGAUGAAGGAGCAGGUCAUAUCAGGCUAUUGGUAUGGGAAGGAUUUGGUGCCUUUUCUCUCUGUAGACCAACAGCAAAUGAAGUUUAAGAGUCCAAAGUGUCUCAAAGUUCUUGGAUUUACGAAGCUUUUUAAUGUGCCUCAUCAUAUCUAUAUUGGUGACAGUACGGUCGUCUUCGUUCCUGCUCCUGGAGAUGAGCAGGCAGCAGUUGCGUUGUCUGCACUUAUUCAUGCAUUAGAAGAGACAGGAAUGGGAGCUAUAGUCAAAUACGCAUUUAGGAACAACGUAGAGCCAAAGAUCGGAGUACUGACAGCUCAUAUCAAGUUACACUACGAGUGUCUUAUAUUUACUCAAUUACCGUUUGCUGAAGACGUUAGGCAAUAUACAUUUGCCUCUCUGGAUACCAAGAAACAUGAGCCAUCCGAGGAGCAGAAGACAGCUAUUGAUGAUCUUAUUACGAGUAUGGAUCUGACACACGGUGUUCGAGACGAUGAUGGUGACUUUGUGGAGGCGUUUGAGCCAAAGAAGACAUUCAAUCCUGUCCUUCAGAGAAUGUUUCAGUGUAUUCGAACACGAGCUCUCAAUCCAGAUGAUGCGUUACCAGAUCUCGAUCCUCUUCUAGCCGAGUAUGUGCAGCCACCACGAGAGUUGCUAACUAUUUGUGAGCAGCAGCUGGAAAAAAUUAAGGAACUGUUCCCUCUUGAGAAGGUUGAAAAGAAAACAAGGAAGGAAGAUACCACAGCGGCUGCAGUUUGGAAGGACACACCAUCUCUUGACCUUGAUGCUCCAGAUGCUCCUCCUGCUAAAGCAAUGAAAAUUGGAGACGAGAGUGAAUUAUCAAUGGCUGUUUUGUCAAAAGCACAAGUCAAAGAGGUUGGGACUGUUGAUCCUGUUGGAGAUUUCAAGUCGUUGAUAUCUUGCCAGGACGUAGAUAUGUUUGAUGAAGCAUGUCAGCAGAUGGUUAGGAGAAUCACACAGUUGGUUUUUGAUUCAUUCGGCGACCAGUUUUAUUCUAAAGCGCUUGAAUGUAUGCAUGCACUGAGGGAAGCUGCUGUGAAACUUAGGGAGCCAGAUGUAUUCAAUAGUUUCUUGAGAGAACUGAAGUCUCGUAUGACAGGAAGGUCAGCGCCUUUCUGGCAGAGAGUCAAAGCAGCUGGUAUUAGUCUGAUUACAUCAGCAGAGGCUAACGACAGCACUGUAAGUCGUGACGAAGCAAGAGAGUUCCUAACUGGAGAUGAGAAAAAAGAAGAAAUUCAACCCGAACCAGAAGAGACAGACGACACUGACGAUUUGCUUGCCAUGAUGUAAAUAUCAAAACUAAAGGUUAGUCACUCUCAUCAGUUUGUGUGACGUCAUCUAUAGCGACUGUUGACUCAUAGUUUAUUUUCUUU